AUGGAUUCAUUAAAUUAUUCACCAUCCAAUCAUUUAAAUCAAAUAUUUGAUUCACCAAAUAGUCUAAAUGAAAUACCUGAUAUAUUAUCUCAUAUAAAUCAAUAUAAAUUAGAACUUAAAAAUGAUAUUGAAAAAUCAAAACUGGAAUAUAAUUGUUCAACAACUGUAAAUGAUGAUAUUAAGGAAUUAUUAUCAACAAUUCAUCAAAUUAAAUCAGAUUCAAAAACCACCAAGGAAUCAAUUAGUUUAAUGACGAAAUCAAUACAGGAUUUAGAUACAUUUAAGAAAAACUUGGUUAAUUCAAUGACUAUAUUAAAAAGGUUACAGAUGUUGAUAAAUGUAAAUAAUGACUUGAAUGAGAAGUUAGAAUCUAGGAAUUAUAAAGAAAUAUAUCUGUCACUAGGUGUAAUUAAGGAAUUGUUAGAGUUUUUCAGGCCGUAUAAAUCAAUUGAUGAAAUAAAUCAAAUAAAUUUGUUGAUUAUACAUACCCAGAAUAAAUUAAUUGAUGACAUAUUCAUGGAUUUUGAGGAUGGAAAGGGGAAUUUCUAUGGUGCAAAAACGUUGGAACUAAUAGAUGGGAAAUAUAAAGAUAAUUUGCUCACCUGGUUUUUUAAUCAGAAUUUAAAAGACCUCAAGAACAUUUUUGGUAAUUCAGAUGAAGCUGGGUCAUUAGAUAAUCUUAAUCGAAGAUAUAUUUAUUUCAACAAGAUAUUUGAUCAAAUUUCAUUUGAAAAUUUUCCAAAAGAUUGGAAUGUUGAACAAGAAUUCACUAACGAAUUUUUUAAAUUUACAAAACAAGAUAUUUCAAGAUUAUUAUAUAAUUCAAAAAUAUCACCUCGAGCAUUAUUAGAUAAUUUGCAAAUUACUCAAGAUUUUGAAAAGUCAAUUAACUCAAAAUAUAACACUAAUUUUAAUAUAUCUUCAGUUUUUGAACCAUAUUUAAUCUUAUGGGUAAAUGAACAAGACUCAGUACUUAACCAAAAAUUAAUCCAAUUUAAUUCAGUAUCUCAAUUACCUGAAGAAUUAAUAAAGGAUAUUCAUGCAAAUGUUCCAAAUGUAUCUAAUUCAUCAACUGAAUUAUUUAAAAUUUUCAACAAGUUAUUUUCACAAUUAUUAAAAUUAUCGAAAGGUGAAGUUUUAAAAGAUUUAGCUAAACUAUUUAAUAAAUAUUUGUAUGAAUAUUAUUCAAGGAUUUUGUUGCCUAUUUUACAAACUGAAAGUAACAAUACCGAAGAAUCAAUUAAAUAUUUAACUAUGGUUUUAAAUUCUAGUGAUUAUAUAAUUGGCAAUAUAGAUGAAUUAAGUGAAAAAUUCGAGACUAUAAAUCAACCAUAUCAAUUUAAUAAAGAUAUAUAUUUUCAACUUAUCAAUAGGACAAUUACAAAAUUGACAAAUUUAGAUUAUAGUUAUUGUUGGAGAGAAUUUAAUAACUUUGAUUGGGAUAAUUUGGAAGAUGUUACUGAUGUAAGUUCAUACAUGCAAGAUAUAAAGAAAGUAACAAAAGAGAAUCUAAAACUCAUUUUGCCUUUAAUUAUAAGAGACAGUUAUAUACGAACAUUCAAUGACAAAUUAAUUGACUCACUACUCACUACCAUAUUAAACCUUUUAAGGUCUAUAAAUUUAUCAGUGGUGGUAUGUGAGCAACUCCUACUCGACAUAUCAAAUCUCAAAGAUUUAGCAUUUAAAUUUCCUUCCUUUGGUAAUAAAAAUUCAAGUACAUCAUAUACUAAAUUUGUAAAUAUUCAUUUCCAAGACCUUGAAAAAAUAUUAAAAUUGCUCAUUGUUCCAAUUAAACCAAUGGAGAAUAUUAUAGAAUCUUAUUUUGAGCUUAUUGGUGAUCAAUCAAUUUCCAAUUUCACAAAAAUAUUAAACUUAAGAAAAAUUGAAAAUAAAUCUAAAUUUAUUGAUAAUUUUAAGUUACAGUUGACUAUUGAGAAUGAAAAGAGACCAUUGAAUCAAUUAUUGGCUAAUUUGAAAGAAGAUGUUAGUAGUUUAUCACCACCCCCAUCAAGUGGAAAUAAAUUGAAUGACAAUUUUAAAAAUUUUGGUAAGAUAUUCUCAAAGAAAAAUUAA